GAAAAUAUUAUCAUGAUUUUGGAAGACUAAAUUGCACGAUUUGUAGUGUAAUAAGCCUUUUUUAUAUUUAAAAAAAUCAAUUACUUCACUUCAUACCGGGCCUAUAAUAUAUCUUCCCUCUUCUCCCUUAUCUUCACUUAUCUACUGAAACUGCUCCAAAAACCGUACCGGACCAGGUAUUGAAACCGAACUAGAGCUAGAGAGCACAUGCAUCCAACAACCCUCUCCUCCCCAUGGACCGAGGAAUCUUUGCACCGAUGACCUAAUCGAACCACCUUUGCCCGGUGCAGCAAAGGGUGACUUGGGUGAUGGGCAGAGUACGCUUGGUCAAGAUGAUGUAGGUCCGAUCGGGGAUGUUAAUGCAAACUAGCGAAUUUACGACCAUUGAAAUGGCACUGCUUUGGAAUGUUUACUGGCCAUCCUUUCAGCGUGCCAGGGCCGUUUGGAAAUGAAUGUUUGAUCCCGGUUUAGCUUUUGCGUUUUACAAAAUUGCGAAUGUGUGUUUUAAUUAUUAAACCUCCCAUAUGAGCCCUUUAGCAAACACCAUACAUCAUCAACAAGUUGUCAAGAAGGUCAAACAUGUUUCAACUUCAGCUGCGCAACGCACGACGCCUCCCGUUCGCGUUAUGUCACGUGAGCUUCUCUGGCGAUCGUGCGUGACUACCACAACAAAAUACGACUUACAAAACAAAAAAACGCAAACAAACGAACUGCAAUUGAGUUCACUUAACGCUGACUGAUUUGUGUUCCAAUUGCAGUGCGCAACUCUGGGCGGUACGGAGACACGGCUGUGAACGGCAGGCGUGAAGCGACACACCCCAACCCACCCAGCCCAAGAUGAGCAGCUCGGGCGGAAGUCCCUCGAAGAAGGGCACCACCAGCGUGGACAUGCAAAUGUUCGCCACCAAUGGGAACACGAUCGUCGACGAGAGCUACGAACCGCAUUUGCACCGGAACCGGCCGCACCCGACGACCAACUUUGAAACGUUGGUCCACCUGCUGAAGGGAUCGCUUGGCACGGGCAUUCUCGCGAUGCCUCAAGCCUUCUACAAUGCAGGCUACAUCUCCGGCGUGGUGAACACGAUCUUGAUCGGCAUCCUCUGCACGUACUGCCUGCACGUGCUCGUCCAGGCGCAGUACGCCCUGUGCAAGCGGCAUCGCGUGCCGAUCCUCACCUACCCGAUCUCGAUGAAGAUUGCGCUCGAGGAGGGCCCGGAAUGUUUGCGCCGGUUCGCCCCGUACGCUGUCGUCAUCGUGGAUGGUUUCAUGAUCGUUUAUCAGCUCGGUAUUUGCUGCGUGUACAUAGUGUUUGUGGCGACCAACAUUAAGCAGCUGGUGGACUACUACUGGCUCGAGCUGGAUGUGAAAAUUCACUGUCUGAUCCUGCUAGUGCCGCUGAUCGGGAUCAACAUGAUCCGGAACCUGAAGGUGCUGUCGCCGUUCUCAACGCUUUGGUUAAGUUACCAGAUUUUUGUUACCAUACCAGAACUUACACUGAAACCGUAACGGUUCUGGAACUGA